UUUGCCAUUUCAACACACUGUUACAGAACUGAACCACAGAGAGAGAGAGAGAGAGUGAGAUAGAGAUUUAUCUGAAUCGAGAGAAGAACGUGGUUUCGAAGCUACUCGAACUCUGAUUCUUGUUUUUUGAAUUGGGUUUGGAACAGUUUGAAGAGAUUGUGGAUUUUUCUUUUUCUUUUUCUGGGUUUGAUUUGCAGAGAAAUAAUGGAGGCUCAAUACAUACGAAAACACCACAAGCACGUACCCAAAGACAAUCAGUGCACUUGCUCUCUCGUCAAACACAUCAAAGCCCCCGUUGAUCUCGUUUGGCCAUUGGUGAGGAGCUUCGAUCAGCCACAGAGGUAUAAGCCCUUUGUCAGCAGAUGUAUCGUGCAAGGUGACCUUAAGAUUGGUAGUCUCAGAGAGGUGAAUGUGAAGUCAGGGCUUCCCGCCACAAUGAGCACCGAAAGGUUGGAAUUGCUUGAUGAUGAGGAGCACAUCCUCGGCGUCAGGAUCGUUGGUGGUGAUCACAGGCUGAAGAACUACUGUUCAAUCAUUACCGUCCAUCCGGAGAUGACUGAUGGUAGACCGGGGACGCUAGUGAUCGAGUCAUUUGUGGUGGAUGUGCCUGAUGGAAACACUAAAGAUGAGACAUGCUAUUUUGUUAAGGCCCUGAUCAACUGCAACCUCAAAUCUUUGGCCGACGUUGCAGAGAGAAUGGCAAUGCAGGAUCGGGCUGGACCGGUCAGUCGGGUCUGAGUUGGUCGGUUAGCACUAUUUGAAAGAAUUCUAAUGGCUCUCGUGCAAGACUUUCAUUUACCCACAAGCUUUAUUUUUGACUUCCGCAGAAGUUUUUGUACAUAGUCCUCUGCUCGUAGCUUUGUCAUUUAUCAUUCUCUCUCUGAUUUACUCAUCCUCGUUUGUUUCUCUAAACUGAUGCUAGGCUUUACCUUAUAUGUAUCUUACUGUUCCGACAAUUCUAUGUAUGAAAGAACUCGGUUCUCUUUCACUGUUACGUUCCUAGGUUUUGAGCAUGGUGGGUAUGUAAGUUAUGGUGGUGUUAAAUUUGUAAGUAUCCAUAAAAAGUGUGGUCUCUAUAGACUGCGUUUUCUAGU